GGUGCUGAAGGAAAAGAGCUGUGGAUAGGAGGAUCUCACCAGCAGCCCCAAAUGACAUUUCAGAGAAAGACCAACAAACCGGCCACAUUUUCCACUUGACAUUGAUCUACUGGUCUCAUUCACUGGGGCACGUGGGAGGUCUCACUGUGCAGGAUGAAGCUAUUCAGAUGAAAGAAUUACGCUAAUUUUCUUAAAUUUUAUAGUGGAUAUCAGAUAGGCUUGUAGUGUUUGUGCACAACAACUACAAAUAGCAUCUUCAUUCAAUGCCUAACGUAGAAGCUGACAGAGGAGCUAAUGGUCCUGAAAACAUUGAGCAUAAAUCCAAGAGGAAGUCUCCAAAGGGAAAUAGUCACGAUGUUGUGGAGUCUUUUGACUUGCCAGAUGCUCCAGUUGGUAACCUCGGACCUGGUACAGAUAGGCAUUAUCCGUGGGGGUGCCCAGUAACGCACACCAGAGAGAAGUUCUACACUAUCUGCUCGGACUAUGCAUUCUUAAACCAAGCGGCAUCGCUGUGUAAACCCACCAGUUCCGUUACUAGUUCUAGUUCACAAGACAAAUCUACCUUACACAAUACACUGAACUACAUAGAUCUCCAGGCCAGUGGGUCAGAUAGCAUUUAUAAUGAAGACUCAAGCUUGGACUCCUUAUCUAGUGAGAUUGGGACAAUUCCACUUGCCUGGGAAAUAGAUACAUCAGACUUCAACACAAUGACUUCAAAGUUAAAAAGCAGACCAGGAGUAGUUAAUAAACCAACUCCAAAGAAGAAAACGGAGCGCAAGGUGAAACCUUUGAGAGAAUGUCCACAGCACUUCGUCCUGGAUGACAUCAAACAGCGAAAAGUCCUAGACCUCCGAAGAUGGUAUUGUAUCAGCCGUCCCCAGUACAAGACAUCAUGUGGAAUUUCCUCUCUGGUAUCAUGCUGGAACUUUCUGUACAGCACCCUGGGAACAGGAAGCCUCCCACCAAUAACUCAAGAGGAUGCCUUACAUAUUUUGGGUUUUCAGCCUCCCUUUGAAGAAAUACGAUUUGGGCCUUUCACUGGCAAUACCACUUUGAUGAGAUGGUUCAGACAAAUCAAUGACCAUUUCCAUGUAAAAGGCUGUUCAUAUGUGCUAUACAAGCCUCAUGGAAAGAACAAGACUGCAGGGGAAUCUGCUGUUGGAGCUUUGUCAAAGUUAACCCAGGGGCUGAAGGACGAAUCUAUGGCCUACAUAUAUCAUUGUCAAAACCACUAUUUCUGUCCAAUUGGAUUUGAAGCCACCCCAGUGAAGCCCUGCAAAGCAUAUAGGGGUCAGCUUUUCCAGCAUGAAGUUGAAUAUUGGAUAUUAAUUGGCGAGCCAAGUAGAAAACACCCUACGAUUCACUGUAAAAAAUGGGCAGAUAUUGUGACUGACCUGAACACUCAGAAUCCAGAUUUCUUUGAUAUUCGGCAUACGGAAAGAGGUCUACAGUGCAGGAAAACAAAGAAGACUGGAGGAAAUCUACACUGCCUCAUGGCAUUUCAGAAACUCAGUUGGCAGAGAUUUGGGCCAUGGAAUUUGCAACUUGGCAACCUGAGGCCAGAACCCCAGCCACCACCCAUGCAUUCCAGGAGAAUCCCUAAAUCUGAAAGUGAAGACAAUGUACCCAAGAAAGCGCAUGGGCACAUUGGAAGAUCAUUUAGCACAGGCUUUCACCAAGAUCUUGUAUGGAAGAGGAUGUGUCAUAUUCAUGAGAGAGGGAGCAGUGGUUCACCAGAUAGUGACUCGGAUUGAGAAGGGAAUGAUUAAAUGGUCUCAAGCAGUAUUAUUGUUAAUAGUUUGGUUUUCAAGGGUAUUGCAUUUUGUUUGAAAUUUAAUUUAUCGGUUUCAUAAGUUGUGUAACACAGACAAUAUUUACUAGGCACUCAUUUCCAGUUCACGACCAAGGCCAUCUCUAGACACUGUUGACAUAAGACGUUGAUAUAUUGGAUUAUUUAUAUUUGACAUAUAUUUUUAUGAAAUGUUAGAAUAGUCGUGAUAUGAUUUGUGAUAGUUUCAGUUCCCAUUCAUUUUGAUAAUUGGGGAAAAACAACAACUUUUUUUUUAAAUUAAAAAGUAAUACAUUUUGUAAUAUUAAACACGAGAAAGCAAAUCAAGUUAUGGGCAGUUAGGAUAGUAAACUGUGAAGACCAAGUAAGUCUCAUUGUGUUCAGGAGUGGGUCUUAGCCAAUUGUAGAAAUAGCCAUGGUGAAUUAAACUUGCAGAUGCAUACAAUUAAUAUGAAAUGUGUGAUCUGGUUCUAAAGUCAUUGCAUUUAAGAUUUAAAGAAGCACCAUAGCCAUUGUAUCUCAUUGUAGUGUUAACAAUUGCCUCAAAUCAAUGGGCGUCUUCCACCAGUUUUUAGUGAACCUAUUUUAAAAUGGCUUUCCUUGGCCACAAUAAUCUAGCCCCUCUGCAGCGCAAUGGAUAUUACAGAAAUUACACUUCCACGUUAUCCUUUGAAAUCUGACCAACGCUGGACAGCAAUGGAAGGGCUAACCUUAUUCCUAGACCAUACAUCUAUCAUCUCUGUCUAAAGUUUGAUAGAUUCAUAUAGAUAAAACAGAAGUGUAAUUGCCACAGCCAUGCAUAAUCUCACUUGGUAUAAGAGGCUUUAAAUGCCAGUUUCUUUUGGUAAUUUCAGUACUUGCAACUUCAGUAGAACUGAAACAUUAUUAGGGAAUACUAUUCAGUAGGAUUAGCUAAUUUACACAAAUAAGUACAUAUUAAGGAUAAACUCAUUUUCAAUAACGCAUAUAUUGAAUGUAAUGGCUGAGAUAUAUAAAGGUUAUAACUGUAUGUGAACGUCAUAUCCUGAGAAAGCAUGUCAUUCUAUAAAGUACAUUUUGAAGACAUCCAUUUUGCAUGUGGCCCUAGAUUAAAUCAGCAGGAAAGAUAAAAGGACCCAUAUAUUUAUCCCAUGAAAAGUAAAACUUAAAUAUAACUUUUUUUUUCAGAUUGUCGUGAGGUUGUUUUUAUACACACUUCCCCAAGAUAAUGGAUGUAUCUUUAUCAUUCUGUGACGUCUGCCAAUUAAUAUGAUAGUAUCAAUUAUUCUGGAAAUUUGGCAGUUAACACAUUUCUUGGUUCCAUAUUUGGUCCCAACUAAAAACUUUUAGGUGGUUUUGUUUAACUAGUACAAUAUAUUUUCUACUUUUAUAGAUCUUCAUUGAUGUACCUGCUUCCAUGUUAUUAAACCAGUCUGUAAAAUAUUAUAUCCGCAAGUCUGCCUAUGUUUGUCUAAGUCUAAAUCAAAAUUUUUAAUGUUACAUUUAUAUGCAUCGGCUUUAUUCCAGCAUGAGAAUAGGUGUGUGAGUAUUUUACUGCUCGGUUGAUGCAACGGUUUGUUUUAUAUGACUUUGAGAUUAAUAAAUAAAGCAAAUUUGUGGUAAUUAGAGUUAUGGCAGAAAGAACUUUAAAUUGAAAGUGUCAUCUAAAAAAACGUUAUGCUAAACAGACGAUCUGAAAACCGUGAGGAAA